CAUGGCGCGGGAAACCCGGGAACAGGAGGAGAUGGACGUCCGCGGAGAAGUCGAAGAUGAGGCGGACCGUCUCUCUCCGUCGUCUCUAAAACUCUACGAGACGCAGUUUUUCGGCUUCACCCCACAGACCUGCAUGCUGCGGGUCUACAGCGCCUUCCAGGACUGCCUCUACGACAUCCUACCCGUCGUGGAGAAGGUGUGUGUGCGGCAGCUGAGUAAAGGCGAGUCGGACGCGGCCGAGGAGCUGCUCCGGUCCCGGGCCAGAGAGUGCAGCCGCAAGCUGCAGCAGUUCCUCGAAAAGCAGUUCAAGCUGCUGUCGGAGCGGAUAGAAGCGCUGCUGAUGAACCGCUGCUUCUCAGUGCCGCCAAACGUCCUGCUGCCCGAAGACCAGUCCCACCACAACCACCCGCAGGCCGUACAGGAGGUGAUGAGGCUGGAGUCGUCCCUGGCAGACGUUCAGAGAGCCUACGAAGCAGAAGUUUGUGCCAGACAGGCCCUGCUAGCUGAGCUGGAGGAGCAGAAGGAGGUGCAGAAGCAGCUGGACGGGAUCCUGAUGUGGGUCAGAGAGCUGCAAGCUGCCUGGGUGAAGGAAGGCAACGGCAACUUUCAUGAAAGCUUCGGACUGGUGAUGGAGUCCGUCAAGAAACUGCAGGAGGCCGUCAGGGAGGUGCUGGUAUGCAGCAAAGCACUUCACUGAACUGAACUGAUUUCUGUUUAAAAUCUGUGUCACACUUUCCUCCAGACUGUUUCUAAUCUUCUCUGUGUUUAGUCUGUCUGUAAAAGAUGAGAUAAUUUAGGAGACAGACUUGGCCACAAUAUUUUCACCCACUGUAUAUACAGCAGCUUUUAAGCCCAUUUUCCUCUUAUCUAGAAAUAAUAAAUCACCAGUGAACUGAUGCCUCAAAAUCAAACGAAGGCCUUCUGAGACAUUUACCUAAGUCACCAAGGGAGUCUCGUCAGGUGGGACGCCAGUUUUUUGGUGCUGCUGGUCAUGACAGUAACAAUAUUGUUCAUUCCCUGUGAAAAAAAAGAGUAAAACAUGAUGCAAAAACA